GAGACUAAACAUACGUUCUGUGACGGCUAACCCGCGGGGCAAAAGUUCGUUGCUAUUACUGGUUCGGAUUUGAAUGGGUACAGUAAUAGCUGCCGUAAUCCUAUCAUACCAUUCGUGUGCGUUUGUUAUGAAUGCUCUUCCAACCAACACAGGCUUUCCACAGUCCUCGUUUUGCUUACAGGCGAGAUAGUUGGUUGUUUGGUUUAUCAAAGUAAGAUAAGCAUUUAGUUGAUAAUUCUCAAUAACUGCACACUAAAACUUGAUCAUAUUGGCUGCUAAGCAGAAUCCAUACACGUACCUGUGGUAUUCAUAUUUAAUGUUGAAUGUCACCGAACUCACUCAAAGUGCUAAAUUGGAAUGUCUGUUCAAUAGACCCUAAGAAAGAGGAACUUUCUAAGUUUCUUAAGUACCACGAAAUCGAUGUAGCCGUCCUUACCGAAACUCAUCUUAAGCCAAAAAAGACGUUCUCCAUUUCCGGAUAUGAUGAUGAGCGGCAAGACCGUAAGGAUAGGCCGAAGGGUGGCGUGGCAAUACUCGUUCGGAACACGAUUUCACAUUCCAGAGUGGAGGUCGCUACAUCCGUUAUCGAAUCCGCUGGCGUUGAGUUGGAGCUAGCGGGUGAGAAGCUGAUCAUCUACGCCAGCUACUGCCCUGAACAAUGCAACAGCAAAACUGAGAAGCAGUUCAUAAAAGAUUUGCGUCUUCUGACGCGACCUAAAACGAAGACGAAGUUUCUCGUGAUUGGUGACCUGAAUGCACGUCACACGUUUUGGGGUGAUGACAAAAAUAAUAAAAAUGGAGAACUGAUAUUCGAUGACGCGUCGCACCAUAAGUAUUACGUCAAAUUACCAGAGGAUCCAACAUUUAUCACAUGUAAGAGCAAUGCGUCCUAUUUGGAUAUCUGUUUGGCGAACUUCGUCAUUGACAAGCCAAAGCGAACGGACCCACGUUAUCUGAAAUCCGAUCACUUUCCGGUGAUUUACGAUUUGGGAAAAAGUGCUGGUGCCGUGCCGUUGGCUGAAGGAUAUCGUAGGGGUAUUCGUUCAAAUGUUCCCGCUACUGCAGGCAAUGUUGCAGCUCGAAGCAUUAAUGCGAGUUCAUCGUCUUCGUCACAAGUACCUAAAAAAAGAGACCACAAUCAGGAUUUGCGGCACCGCUUGAACCCACUUCAAAUGACAAAUCACGCGAAUUCUUCGACGGAGGCACAAUUCAUACUGCGACAAAUCCUUCAAAAAUGUCGCGAAUUCAAUGUGCCAACACAUCAUCUGUAUGUGAAUUUCAAAACGUCCUACCGCACUAUCGACCGAGAGCAGCUGUGGAGAACAAUAAAAGGAUAUGAUGGUCCGGAAAAUUUGAUUCAAGAGCUUCAAACUAUUGUGAACAGGACGGCUGCGGAUUCCAAAAACGGAUUAAAAAUGGAUAACGAAUUGUCCAGCUUACUUAUGUACAUCGCACAAGACGCAAUGAUUCGUGAAGCUGGAUUGAGAACAAGUGGUACAAUUUUUCGGAAUGCUUUACAGGUAAUCCGUUUUGCGGAUGACAUGGUUUUGAUUGCCAAGAGCCUUUCAACAUUGGAACAAGCUUAUGUUGCUCUAAAAGAAAUCGCAGCGAAAUUCGGAUUAGAUUCGGCUUUGAAAGAAUCGAAAUAUAUGAGACCAAGGAUUUUAAAAGAUAAUCACCAGUCACUCCCGACAGUCUUUCUGGAUGGCAAUAAGUUUGCAGCAGUUGAAAACGUUUCUUUCCUGGAUUCAUUCGUAACUACGGAUAAUAAUGCAACAAAGGAAAUCAGUCACUGCAUUGCAAAUGGAGAGGAAAUGCAUGCAAAACACCUGCCAUUUUUCCAAUCAGCUGAUAAAACUCUACAGGAAAAACUAAAUAUCUACAAAAAGGAGAUAAGAUCGAAAGUACUCUGUGGCCACGAGUCGUGGAUUCUAACCAAAUCGCAUGCUAAGCAACUCGUUAACUUCGAACGUGAAGUGCUACGAGCAAUCCACGGUAAAAUUCAAGCAGCAAAUGGACGGGCAUAUUAUGCCACUUAUCCAAAAUUGGUACAACAGUUGGGGGAGCCGGGCAUUGAACACAUGGCAAGAAUUGGAAGACUACGCUGGGCAGGAAAGGUAUUCCAAUUGGCAGAGGACAGUCCAGCAAGAAUGGUUUUGGAAAAAAGUCCGCAAGGUAAUCGGAUCGCCGGACGUCCUCCAACGCGAUGGAUCGAUAUGGUGGAACAAGAUUUGAAAAGUCUUGGUUGUUCCGUUAAGUUGUCAACCGUGGUGCAAAAUGGAGAUGAAUGGAGAGCAUUGCUCGAGAAGGCUGAGGCUUCAUGGAAGUGAUGUGUCUAGGUGUUCAUGUGGUCGUAGGAAAACUUGACAUUUCAUUUCUAACCAUAUAUCCGUCACCUAAGGACAGGUAACCACUGACCAACCGAAGAGCGUCAUUGUGUUUGCUGUCUACAAGCUGAUCAUUCUUCUGGCGAACGAACAUCAUGCCGAUCUGGGGGAGCUGCGGUGAACCGACCACCCGAAACUCCUAAUUUAAUUCAUGGAAAGUUCCUGCGGAUGUUUCUUAAUGCUUUUCUCAGGAUGAUGCUUUACACUCGAGCACGCACGCUGUUGUAUUUUGUACAACACUAACGAAAAAAAACAUCGCUUGCGGUACACAACACGAGCGAGCCUGCAUGAGCGUUUCAAAAAUGCGCUCGUGCUCAAAGGUUAGCGCGAAUAUCUGAGGUCCACUGUUUGAUUGAGAUAAAAACUUUUCAUAAUCGCUCUGGUGAGAGUAAAAAGAAGAUAAGGAUCCGUUACACCACCUCGGAGAACAGCUCCAUAUUAGGUUAUCAAUUUGUAGAUUAAAAAUUAAAGACAACAACGCUGUCAAUGUAGGAUUUCUCAGUGAGAAAAGAAUAGUUAGAACUAUUACGUAUGCACUUAAAAAAAUAAAAAUUAUUUUAGCUGAAGAACCAAAGGAUCAUACACUUAAAAUGUAGGCAAAAUAAAUUUUCCAAAAACAAAAUUAUUCAUAAGUACGUCAAUUAAUCAAUUCAGAAAUAUGUGAUUUUAUGUGAUUAUCCGUAUAUAUUGUUGGACUCGCGCUUGGACUUUUUUCCUGGAACGGUUAACAGUCAAAAUACAAUUUGUAAAAAAAUGUAUUUUAAAUACCUUAUAGAAGAGAAUACACAUGGUUUAUUGGGACUUGCGGUAUUAAAGUUCAUUUAACUAACUGAUAUAUUAUUUAUAUACUCUUUAUUU